GGCAGUUAUUCGCCCAUUGGCAAUAAGUGAAGUUAAAGUAAAGUAGUUCAGUCGUGUUUCAUAAAUUUUUGUUUUUGCGUAAAAUUUUUGUUCUAAGCGCGCUGCAAUGGAUCCAACUAGUUUCACAACCGAGAAGCCACCCUUGAGCUCUACUCCUUUGGAUUUGGGCACGGAGCGCUUGAACUGUGAAAAUCUAGAUAGCAUGACUGAGAGAUGGGAGGAUCCAAAUAAACCUGCUUUUGUGACUGUUCUACUGCGCUUCUUUGGCAACAUAUUUGUUGAUUGCUUUAGAGCCAUAUUUGAAUGAGUGUAAACGGCUUCAGUGGAGGAAGCGUCAAGUGAAUAGAGACUUUUGGACCGAUCAAUUGUAUAAAUUUAUCAUAAUAAACAGAUAGUUGAAUUCGA